CGCGAGACCUAACAUGGAGGGGACGAUCGUUCAUCGGAAAGGAAGAGAACAUAAAAAAGCUGUAUUGCAAUAGAAUGCACUAUCGUUGUUCAAAGAUACUUUUUUGAUAAGUAAACUAUGGCCAGUUUAGAAAAACUUGUUAAGGCCUUAGAGACCUUGAGGGUUUUUCAGCCAGAAGUGACCAAAGAAGAUGCCACUAAAAAAUUCAAGGAGCAGUUGCCUGUCAGCAAAAAAGAUAAAAUAACCAGUUGUAAUGUGGUGGCUGAAACCAUUUGUUCCACAAGUUUGCGCACUUUGGCAGAGUUCCCCAAGUUCUUGGGCAUUGCAAUAGAAUCAUUCUUACUUUUCUGUGAUGAUGCAGAGUCUGAUGUAAGAAUGGUUGCUGAUGACUGCUUAAACAGAACUAUAAAGAACUUAAUAGACACAAACUUAGGUCGGCUGCAAGUUGAAUUAUAUAAAGAAAUAAAAAAGAAUGGAUCAUCUCGUAGUUUGAGAGCUGCACUGUGGAGAUUUGCUGAGUUGUGUUCUCUCAUCCGCCCACAGAAAUGCAGACCCUAUGUGGUAAACUUGUUGCCGUGCAUAAGUAGGAUAUGUAAGAGGCCCGAGGAAGCAGUUCAGGAAACUUUGAAUGUAGCCAUGCAGAAAAUGGCUCCUGUUUUGAUGGUUUUCUGUAAUGAUGUUGAAACAAAAAGCCUAGCAAAAGCCUUCAUUCCCAACCUCAAAUCCAGUUCAGCCCCCACAAGACGCACCGCUGCCAAUGCAGUCACCCUGAUCUGUCAGCAUGGACGGAAACCAACACAUUUCAUUGCAUGGAUGUUGGGCAUGCUUAUAGGUCAGCUGGUUCCAGUGUGUGCUGAUGCUCCCACACAUGCUAUCUUAGGUGUGUUACUGGGCUUGAGGCAUCUCCUGCCACAUUUAGGCAGGCAGGCAGACAGAGACCUUAGUCUCAAGGGAAGCUUUGGAAAGACUAAAAGGGAAGAUGAUGCACAAAUAAGUACACAUCAGAUAUUGCAGAUCUAUGAGCUGCUGUUGUUCUACACUGACCAUCCUGACCACAAUGUGAACACUGCUGCACUGGAGACAUUGCACCAGAUGCUGCGCUUCCCUCCACCACAGUUACUACACAUACUUGUCACACCUGGCACAAUAACACAAUCAACCAUUUACCAGGAUGAGCAGUUGGGGAGACCAUCAUCUGAACUUGAUUUGGCAGUAUCUUCUGCACAAGAAGACACUAAUUUAGAUGAAGAAUCUGAGGGUUCUGAAUCCAGCACUGCUUUGUCAGGACACAGCUCUGAGCCUAUCAUGGCUGACCUGGCAGAAGAUGAACUGACCUCGCGCGAUGUUACGGCAGAAGGGGAGGCACAGGGCACAGGCGAGGAAGCUAUUGUGGAUGUUCAACUUGAUGAGGAUGAAGAAGAAGUGGAUGGUACUGUUGAUGAAGCAUAUUCAAACCUUGACAUUGGCAACAUAGCAGAAGAUCCAGCUAGCUCACAGAGCAGCAGUAUGGAUACUUUAUUAGAAAUCAGACCUAGUCCUUCACAUAAGCCUAACCUGGAGAGAUCAUCCACUGAGGAUAGGCUGAAUGCCAAUGUUGACAUUGAUGAAGAUGAGCCUCAGCAAGUUACAACACAACAACAGAAUUCUUGUCCUGUUAAAACUGGGAACAUUGGUGACUUCAUUAGUUUAGAUGAAGCUCCCAUUACCUAUUGUGCUAGAUUGCUGUGCAGUAAAUUUUUGUUGACUGGUUACCCUGAGAUGAUAUUCCCAGACAGGGUGGUGAGAGUUAGUAUAAAAGCACAGGCCUUAGCAUGUUUGAGCAAUGUUUUGGCAGCCUACCCUAGGAUUCUCUUCCUUAAACUUCAUGUAAAUGAUGAAAGCAGCCAAAAUUUACAUGACAUUUUACUUUAUGCCAAUCAUCAUGAUCACCAACUUAAGGGCACCACUGCUGUGCUGAUAGGAAGUUUUAUACAGGCAGUGUUAAAGCAAGCAGGAGGCAGGUUCGAUGUAGUAGUGAAACAGUAUCAGACAGAAGAGCAAGGCCCAGAUUUUGUCACCUUGUCAGGCCUGUUGAACACAUUGAUUGUGAUCCUUGAGGAUGACUCUGCAGUUGCAGCAAGACUGGCCAUAAUGGCUACCAAGCUGUGCCUGAGUAGUGUGCUAAACAGCAUUGACUGUGAGCUGGGCCUCAAGACUUUGAUCAAAGUACUACAAUUAAAGUCAAAUCCCUAUUGGCUGGUAAAGGUUGAGUUGUUGGAUCUUCUCUCAGAGAUUGACUUCAAAGUAGUUUCUUUCUUAGAGAAUACAUGUAUGGAGGUUGGCAAAGAUGGACAUCAUUUUAUUGGAAGUCUGAACCUCCAGCAGCGUGUCCUGGAAGAUGUGGUAUUAUAUCUGCUGGCAGAUGAAGACACAAGAGUGAGGACUGCUGCUGCUACAGCACUUGUCAAAUUAGUUCCCAAUUUAUUCUUCCCUGUGGAUCACCCCCAACAAGACCCAGUAAUUGCCAAAUCCAAGGAGUUCACUGAUGCUUUCUUGGAUCCUGUUUUACAUGAGUGGUCUCAGGAUCCCCAGCCUUUACUGCAUGGACUAGUGGAACCUUACCAUUUCAAUCCCUAUAGAGGAUACAGUGAAGCCACAGAAGGAAGUUUAUCUAGAGUUUUGGCAUUACUCACCAGGGUCUUGACAAAGUCAUCUUCAAAAUAUUUAACAUAUGGGUGCUGCCAUGCUCUGUGUGAACUGUCAGAGGCUUACAGGGUAACCCAGUAUGCUGAUGGGUGGGGGUGUACAUAUAGUACCUCACACAAUGCUAAAGAUUAUGGUGGGAAACCUCAUAAAAGAUCUGCCAGCAGUAGACCAUCUAGUACUUCCAGUAUUUCAGUAGAUGAGCUGACCAGCUCUGGCUGUGGACCACUGUCCAUUGUACUCUCAUUACUGACCUCAUCUGUGGCAGCACUGGACAUUGCUGCUCAUCAAGAUGCCUUGCAGCUGGCAGGAAACCUCUUUGCAGGGGCCUCUUUCAAAUGCCUGAAAAAUGAGCAGAAAGGGUCACCCACAAAUGCUACAGCAGACGACACUAGAUGGUCAGCUCUGCAGGACAGACAGCUGCUCCCUCUGGUGGAACAGUUACUAGCUCAUGUUGCCAGGUUACUGAAUAUCUUUACCCACAUCAUUGAUGGCCAGGUUCCAGGGCCCCCACAGACACGUCCUACUUUACCUUCUCUCCCGAAUGCACCUUCCCUAAGUCCCAUGAAAAGAAAGAGCAAGUUGAAAGAUGACUUGCUUACCCCAGGGAACCCAGUGGCAGCUUCUGACACCAAGAGCUCACAAAAGACUCCAGGCAAAGAGAAAGAAAAGGAUGGUGACAAAGAAAAGAGCAAAAAGGAAGGCAUAGGGGUAUUCUAUAACCUUCCUCAGUAUGUGAAAUUCUACGAAGUUCUGAAAGGAGCUCACUCUAACUAUCAGUCCACACUAGAUCUGGGAAGUACAGAUAAAUUUUGCUCCCUGUUAAAGACAACCCUAGACGUGCUAUCUCAGUUGUUGGAGAUUGCUACUCUUCAGGAGGUUGGAAAAUAUACAGAUGAGUUGCUGGGAUUUCUGAAGACUACAUUUGGACUGGAGGCCAAGUCCACAGUUUUAUGUGUACAGCAGCUGUUGAAGUCCCUGUUUGGUACUAACUUGUCCAGCCAGUGGGACAGUGGGUAUGCCAACAGCCUGGGACACAAGCCUAGUAGGAUGUCCCGCCUGGCUGGUGGCAUGCAGCCUGGCCUGUACCACAGCUGUCUCACCACACCAUACACACACUUCACACAGUCACUGGCUGCCACUGCCUUCAAGACUGCACCCAAAGCUGAGGAGGAGGACAGCUCCAGCUUAUUGGGUUGGCUGAAGAAGAGAUCAGAGAGAAAAAUUCCUGCCAUUUUAAAACCUGGAAGCAAGACAGACAAGAAUGCCAUAGCAGCCUACAUCCGUCUGUUUGAGGCCCUGGUGAUUAAGUCUCUGAAGCAGUACACAGUGACCACCUCCCUGGGACUACAGCAGCAGGUGCUUGAUCUGCUGGCUCAACUGGUCCAGCUUAGGGUCAACUACUGCCUGCUGGACUCUGACCAGAUUUUUAUUGGAUUUGUCAUAAAACAGUUUGAAUAUGUUGAAGAAGGGCAGAUCAGUGGCUCUGAGCUUCUUAUCCCUCACAUCUUCAACUUCCUGGUGCUCCUGUCUUAUGAGCGUUACCACUCCAAGACCAUCAUUGGCAUGCCUAAGAUCAUCCAGCUAUGUGAUGGGAUAAUGGCCAGUGGUCAGCCACCAGUCACUCACGCUAUUCCAGCCCUUCAGCCCAUAGUGUAUGACUUAUUUGUGUUAAGAACAAACAAAGCAGACACUAGUAAAGAUGUUGACACACAGAGAGAGGUGGUUGUGUCCAUGUUGUUAAGGCUUAUCCACUACUAUCAGGUGCUUGAACUGUUGAUAGUUGUACUUCAUCAGUGUCAUAAAGAGAAUGAAGAGAAAUGGAAACGCUUGUCCAGACAAGUCACAGAUAUGGUGCUACCAUUACUUGCUAAACAGCAGAUCAACCUAGACAGCCAGCCAGCCUUGGAUGUUCUCCACAGACUGUUUGACUCUGUUGCUCCCAGUGUCUUCAGACCAGUGGACAUCCUGCUUCGGUCUCUGUUUGCACCUCCCUAUGAUGUGAGUUGUUCCAGUAGCCUGUCCAAGUGGCUGUGCCUGGUUCUGUCUGUGCUGCGUGUUCUUAUUUCCCAGUCCAAGGAAGAUGUGGUGUUGUCUAGACUGCAGGAACUCAGUCUGAGGAUCAACAUCUACACUGACACGGCCACCUGUGGGCAGUGGGAAAAUAAGGCUGCAAGACAGCAGGAUGGGAUGACCCCAGAAGAAACAUUUGCUAGGUUUCUGUUGCAGGUGGUUGGUGUGGUUGGUCAGCAGGUGGCCUGCAGCUGUACCACACUGGUGGACAGUAACAGCACCAGCUUGUAUCUGUGUCAACAACUAGCCCACUUUCUGCUCUAUGUCACUCACAUGUUCCAGUCAGGUCAGUUCAGAAAGGUUGCGACAUCUGCUAUGUCCCUGAUCAAGCAGCAGGUUCCUGAUUACUUCUACAGUGUCCAGGAGCUGAACAAGGCAUUCAAGGAGAUGUCCAGUAUACAUCCUACCCUGACCCUGCAGUGGAGUAAUGUGUUGAUCUUACUGAACUAUGAGGAACAGCACUGGUGGAGUGACAUCAUGCAGACACCCAGGAAAUAUGUGCUGUCUAGUCCAGCAAGACAUUAUUCCAAUAUCCCAGAAAACUUUCUGUCUGUGUCCAGGUGCAGCAAUAUGGAGAUAGUGAGAAGGGGUGGACUAGUGUUAUUCUGUGAUUAUGUGUGUGAAAACCUGAAUGAUGCAGAACAUAUGACAUGGGUGAUAAUAAACCAUGUGAGUGACUUGAUAGAGCUUUCACAUGAGCCACCAGUGCAGGAUUUUAUCAGUGCAGUUCACAGAAACUCUGCAGCCAGUGGGUUAUUUGUACAGGCCAUACACUCAAGAUGCGACAAUUUGGCAAAGCCUAGUGUAGUAAAGAAGACUCUCCAAUGUUUAGAAGCUAUUCACCUAAGUCAAAGUGGAGCCCUGCUUACCCUUCUCAUAGACAAGUUCCUGCACACAUAUCAUGUGGCUGGUGCCAGGAUGUGUGACGCCUUGGCUUGUAGAAGAGUGGAGCUCUUACUGGCAGACAGUGUGCAGGAGUGUAGUAACCAACUACCAUUGGAAGACCUGGACAAACUGCUCCAGUUCAUGCAAACUGCUGGGCUGACUAGAAGGCAUGGACGGCUGUCAUCCCUGUUGAUGAAGCUGCGUUCAGUGUUGUCACCUCACCAGUCACCUCCACCAGAACUCCAGCUCUCACAUCCUCUGCAGAGUGGAACAACAACCAGGAUGUCUCUUACCAAGGAGAACUAUCUACAGAUGGUUAAAGCUGAGUGCUUCAGUGUAGAUGCCAGGACAGAAAACUGUGCGUCUUUCUUGCAGCAUCUGGACUACUCUGAUAUUUUAACUGUGAUGAUGACUAAGGAUUUCCAUUUGGGGAUUCUUGAGCAGUGCAUAUCUAUUGGAAGAAAGAACACUUUGCAAAACAUGAAAAAUCUCCAGCUAACUGAGAGCACAGAAGACAGCGAUUCUCUGCACCCAGUAUUGCAGGCAUCACAAUUAACUCUCCUCAGGCAUAUAAAUAACAUCAUCAACAUGUUACCUGUCCCACACCAAGUAUUAUCCUACAGUGAGAAGCAAACAUCGCAAGAGGACAGCUUCCUAGAGAAAAUGGAGGACUUUUUCACAGACACUGCGUGGCUAGAGAAUGUCAAUCAUCUGACUGCAGCUCUGGUGGAGUACAUAAAAACCUUGAGAUUGCUGCCAUGGAAACCUCAGAUUCCUGAAGAGUCAGUGAGAGAUGUGGCCAGGUUUGCUGUUCUUAACAUGGAGAUCGUUCAUUGGCUUCUUAAUCAAGACCAGAUCCCAGCCUCUGGACACCUGGAAACUUCCUUGCGGUGUUUCUGUGCAGUUCUGCAGAAUCAACAAAGCUUCACUGUGAUUGGUUCCACAGAGCAUGUGACCUGGGUGUGUUCUGUAGUCAGAGCAGUGCAUCAGCUGCUUGUCUCAAUGGUAGUUAUCCCUGGAGAGCAGCUUGCCACCCUCCCCAACCAUGAAAAUACAGAGGACUCUACUCCUAGACACAGAUACAAUGGUUUCCACCACAUUAUCCGUUCAUGUGAUCAGAUAUCUGAGCUUCUCCACUGUCUUCGCACACAUCUCCGGCCUCGCCAUGCACAGGGACAGCUGUCACCUUAUGUGUCUGGCUUGUUAAGGAACAUUGUUGUCAGUUUAGCCAGGCUGCCUCUGGUCAAUAGUUAUGCUCGCACACCCCCUCUGGUGUGGAAACUAGGUUGGAUGCCUGCCCCUGGUGGAGAGACCAAGACCAAGCUUCCUCCACUGCCUCUAGACUUCUUGCAGGAAAAAGAUGUCCUGAGAGAGUUCAUCUUCAGGGUGAAUGUUGUUGGCUGGACAAGUCGGCAGCAGUUUGAGGAGACAUGGAUGUGUUUACUAGGCGUACUGAACCCAGCUUUACUGGAGGAAGAGCAGCAUCCAGUCUCUCCAGAGGAAGAGGUGGAUAGAACCCAAUGCAUUGUGUUAGCUGUGCGGUGUAUUACUGCUCUCCUACUGCAAUCUACUCUCACUCCAGACCCUGGCAAUCCUUGCAAUGGAGUUCAUGAAAACCAGCCUAGAGACAAACCAUUGGCAUUUAUGCAUACAAGGUGUGGUAAGAGGUUGCUGCUGCUGCGAUCGAUUAUUGAGAGGGAUCUCCGCCAUCUGUGCUUACUAAAGUUCAGAGGUCAUACUUCCUUAUCUGGUCAGGAAAGAGAUCUCUUUGGUUGUAACCUGGAGAGAGAAUUGGGACUUGAAGCAUUUACUAUGGGGCAGUUUUGCAUUGAAUCCAUCUGGUCUGUUGUUGGGAUGCUGAACUUUAGUGAAUCUGGUAGUAGUGAAGAUGACCAGGAACUGUCUGUUGCCAUGACAACCAGAGGACGUUCCUCCAGCCAUAGUGGUCUUGACCUCCAUUCCUGUGUUCAAUUCCUUGUGGACUUGUAUGGACAGUGGCUAACUCCUGGAGUGACCCCUAGAACACCUCUUAUGUUGAUAAACCAGACCGUGAAGUCAGUUGUUGCUAUAUCUGACCUGUUCACUGAGAGACAGCAGUUUGAGUGGAUGCUGGACACCCUGAUGGAUGUGUUUAAGUGCCACCCCCAGGAAGAUGAAGUGACAGUGCAGUACCUGGUGGUGGGGAUAUGUAAGGCUGCAGCCAUCACAGGGGUGACUGGUCAGGAGGCAGAGAAAGUUGAGAAAGUUGUGGAGUCCACUUUGAAAAGUCCCCACAUUCCAUCGCGUAUAGCAGCCCUUCAUGGCUGCCUGUACAUUCUGGAGACUGGCAUCAAUGACCUGAGCCGAGGCAUCAUUCCUGAUAUCAUGGAGUACUUGGUCAAACAAAUGGAGAUUAUUGGAUUGAUGACAGUCCACUGUCAGCAGCAUCUUCUUGUGAUGUGGUCCACAGCUUUCUUUUUAAUUGAAAAUUUCCAGGAAGAGAUCAAAGAUACAGAGUUUGCAUCCAGGGUGCUACAGGUUGCAGUAUCUCUGGCCACUUCUGGUGAAGAUGUGUGUCCAUUUGCCGUCUAUUUGGUUAUCCUCCGUGGUCUAGAGAGACUGGUGUUGGCAAAUGUUAUCAGCGGGCAGGACACAGAGUCACUUAUCAAACUGGCAGUUGACAGGUUAUGUCUUCCCAGUCCGCAGAGAGCACUGGCAGCACUGGGCCUCAUGUUGACUUGUAUGUAUGCAGGCAAACAAGGAGACCAGUACACACCUUCAGUUCACAGUGAGACAACAUUUUUCAUCGAGCUGCCUGCAGAGGUUCCUAUUCCACAAGAUCCGGAGUCUUUGAUUGUUGCCAUGGAGAGAGUGACUGUGCUGUUUGACAGGAUAAGGAAAGGAUUCCCAUUUGAAGCACAAGUCCUGACACAGAUCCUUCCAUCUUUCUUGACCGACUUCUUCCCUCCUCAAGACAUCAUGAAUAAAGUAAUAGGAGAAUUUCUGUCUAGUCAGCAGCCUCACCCACAGCUUAUGGCAAGAGUGGUAUUUGAGGUGUUUGCAGCCCUACAUAAAAAGAAACAGCAAAGUCUUGUACAGGAUUGGGUGAUGCUGUCUUUGUCCAACUUCACACAGCGCACCCCCAUUGCUAUGGCAAUCUGGAGUCUGACCUGCUUCUUCAUCAGUGCCUCCACCAACCAAUGGCUUCGGGCACUUUUCCGUCAUGUUGAGAGUAGAAUGGGUAAGCUGGAGGAGGCAGACUGCCAGUUGUUCCAUACUGCAGCACUGGACUUCUAUGACCAGUUGUCAGAGGAAGGACAGCGGAGAGCAUUCCAGUCCACUUUCCAAGCAGUAGGGCAGACAGGGUCUCCUUAUGCUGACUUGGUGGCCAGCUGGACACACUGAACAGAUUGAGGCCCUUAAAAAUGCAUAUUCUUAGACCUAUAUCAUGUCAUUCCUUAGUUAAUCUCAGUGCACUUUGUAAUGCGAAGUUAUUUCUGAGUUUUGACAGAGAGGAUUUAUGUCGACCCAGUUUGUUGCUGGACUGUUCUGUGGAAAAAAAAAGGAAAUAGUAUAAUUGUUGUACAACAUAUCUUAAAAGUCUUAUUCAUUCGGGACGUGCUGAAUACCAUAAAACUAUUUAUUAGGUUAUAUAUAUAUCAAGAGAAGGUAUAAGAUCUUGCAUUAAACAAUUAGCAGAUCUUUUCAAACUUGCAUUAUGUGGUAGGUGAAAUAAGUUUCAAUUUAAUGGUUCAACUUUUACCAUAGCUGGUAUUAGAUAUUGUACUGCCUUGGAAGGUUCUUUAUAUUGGCAGCACUGCAGCCCUAUUAGAGAAAGUGUGUUCAAAAAUAAAAUGUCAUUGGUAAUUGUACACUGUCAAGCUUUAAUCAUAGAAAUGUUAAAGAUGUAGUAGUGAAAACAUAUGGUGUUUGCAUAUUCAAGAACGAAAAAUACAUAUAUCAAAGCAUUUCUAUCAUAGCAAUGUGUAUGGUUUACUUUCAUUCUGGAUGAAGUAUUAACCAAGGAGUAUUUCUGUAUAGUAAUAUGGUUUAUGUAACAUUGGCCAUUAUACCUUGUUGUGGAAGCUGUGUGGAGUCUGUUAUGGCUGCAGGCUCUUUAACUGUAUUAAAUGGAAUAGGAACAAUUAUAGAAAACCGCACCUGUUUUAACAGGAAAGGGUGAUUUUUUUGUUAAUGUGUGUGGGAAAAGUGCUCUACAGUGUGCCACUGCUGCCCAGUAUGCUGUUACAGAUGUCAGUAAGGUCUCAAAUCUAUAAAUAGUUGUUGUGACUUAUAAAAGGGCAGCUAUUGUCAGUUGCAUGCAUAACAAAUGCCAGCAUAUACUGUAGAAAUUGCUGUUGUCAGAUAUGCAUUAUAUUUCAUUUUGCUGGUUGUUUGCAGUAUGUUACUAUUUUUAAACAAGAUUUCCUUGUUAAAUUUAACAUAUAUUAUUAGGUGAUUCUUUUGAGCUUGAAGGAUAAACAUUGUGAAGACGCACAGGCCAAAAUAUACUUAAUAGGUAUGGAAUGUUUAAUGUAUCAUGAUAGUUUUUCUCUCCAUCAAAUGGUUUUUUCUCAGUAUAUUUAAACACCAACAGUUAAAAGCAGGAAAAUUGGAAAUGAAUUGAAAAGAACUAAAUAAGCUCAAUUUAUAUUAUGUUUAUAAAUUCUAAAUGGGAUAAGUUUCCUGUAACUAAUAUAAACAUGUGAAUGUGAAACACUGCCUUGUUUUGCCUAAUGAUGUGCUUGAUCUCUGGAGGACAGCAUUGAUUCUCUUUGAUUGCACGGAUGGGCAGUAACAUGCAUGGUUUAUAUACUUUAUAAAAGUGUUAAAUGUGCAAUCUAAAGGACCGUUACUUUGGAAUAGUUUUGGGACUUAAUUGACAGACCUUUUGGGGGAAGUUUAGUGUUGAUACAUUAACUGGCAAAUUUCAAAGCAUGAUAGUUGGUGCUACUCCCCAGCUUGCAGUUAAAAUUAUAUGUUCAACCCUGGCCUGUUUGUAAAGAAUUUUUAUCUCAUUUUUCUCCUUGCUUCAUUUCAUUUAUUUCUACUCUUCAUAGGGAGUAUAGAUACAGAGAAUUAAUAGUUGAUUCUAAAAGUAUUAAAUGAAAAAUUCAAAAUACAAAGCAGAAAUUUCAAAGUAAAUAUUAUUUUUAUUAUUUAUAAUUGGAAAAUGGAAUAAUGUCAAUUGUAUUGUUAACUGUUAUAAAACUUUAAUGUGAAAUAAAAAAUUACAAUGUGUAACAUUAUCAAAAUUAUUGUAACAAAUCUGCAGAAAGCACUGCCUGUUAUCUGGGAUAUGUGUUAUUUUGGAUAAAUAAUUCUGCGGCACAAAUAUUUAGAUUACCCUCAGCUACAUUGCAAAAAUACUUUUGAAAAUGUUUGGUUCCCUGAUGUGAGCACAACAAUACUGUCCUGUAUAGUGAACCUGUACAGUACCCACUUGGAUGUUGCAUCACUUUUAAGAAGCCCUCUUGAAAUCUUUUAAUUGUCUUUGUAUCAAAAUUUUCACUUUCAACAAUACUGCCAAAUGUUACUAGGGUAGCAGUGUAUGAUUCAGGGACUUAUUACUAUAUAGAUACUUGCAUAGCACUGCCUGACUUUACAGUGUGGCUGCGUGACAUAAUUUGAUAACUGCUGACCUAUGAACAUUUAAAUUGUCUCUAACUGCAUUACUUUCAUUUUGCCUCACGAGUUUGAAAAAAAAAAAAAAAAA